AUGGCAGAGAAUUACAAGAUCUUCGCUCUCAAGCGUGUCAACCUUGAAGAUGUAGAUCCGGUGACUUUGACUGGAUACAAGGGUGAAAUUGACUUGUUGAAAAAACUGGAGAAUGUGGACCGUGUGGUGCGUUUGUUUGACUGGGAGCUGAACAAUGACAAACAUGCUCUUAGUGUGCUUAUGGAGAUUGGGGAGUCUGAUCUUGAAAAGAUUCUCACAUACCGUCUGAACGCCGAGGACGCUGUUUUUGACAUCAACUUCACCCGAUUUUAUUGGAAGGAGAUGCUCGAGUGCGUCCAAGCUGUCCAUGAGUACAACAUCGUCCACUCAGAUUUGAAGCCGGCCAACUUCCUCAUGGUUCAAGGCCGGCUAAAGCUCAUCGACUUUGGAAUUGCAAAUGCAAUCCAAGACAACACGGUCAACGUUCAUCGUGAACAGCAAGUCGGCACGCCGAAUUAUAUGUCCCCUGAAGCAUUGGUUGAUUCCAACGUGUCUCUUGGUCUGCCUUCAAGUGUUGGAAAAGUUAUGAAAUUAGGAAAACCCAGCGAUGUCUGGAGUUUGGGUUGUAUUCUGUACAAGAUGGUCUACGGACAACCACCUUUCGCCAAGAUUGCGAAAUAUUAUGAACGCAUCAUGGCUAUCCCCAAUCCCCGUGUACAAAUCGAUUUCCCGGCCUUUGGCGUCGGUGGGAUUCCAGUGCCCCCUGGCCUUGUUCGGACCCUCAAGCGGUGUCUGCAGCGGGACCAGACUCUCCGACCAACUAUUGAGGACAUGCUUGGCCCACGCGAUCCAUUCUUGCACCCCGAUGCCCAGCUUGAUGGUGCCGUUCCAGUCACCCAGGAUAUGCUUGGCCGUAUCCUGGCCAAUGUCGUCAACCACUGCAAGGCCCGUGGUAUACCCAGAGAAGAGGAACUGGCCGCAUGGCCUGCAGGCUUCUUUGCAAAAAUCAAAGCCGCCCUUGAAGAAGAAAAUGCAUGA